CAAAUAAAACCCUUCAGAUGCUUUGUGCAAUACCAAUUGCGUGACCUGCAUCGAUGGCAUCUCAAGGCAUCCAGAUCCUGGGCAUCAUGCUUGCCAUGAUAGGCUGGUUUGGGACCAUCAUCACCUGUGGCAUGCCAAUGUGGAGGGUCACGGCCUUUGUUGGAGCGAACAUCGUGACGGCACAAAUCAUCUGGGAGGGUCUGUGGAUGAGUUGUGUGGUUCAGAGCACCGGACAGAUGCAGUGUAAGGUCCAUGACUCCAUGUUGGCUCUAACACAAGAUCUGCAGGCUUCCAGAGCAAUGGUCAUCAUCUCCAUCAUGGUGGGCAUCUUUGGAUUCCUGAUGGCUGUGGUUGGAGGAAAGUGCACCAACUGCUUAGAGGACGAAGCGGCCAAAGCCAGAGCAUGCAUCAUUUCAGGGGUGGUUUUAAUCAUUGCUGGCUUUCUUGUCCUGAUACCUGUGUGCUGGUCUGCACACACUCUAAUCAGAGACUUCUACAAUCCUUUGGUAACAGAAUCCCAGCGGCGGGAGCUGGGAGCCUGUCUUUACAUUGGCUGGGGAUCUGGAGGCCUCUUGUUGCUGGGUGGUGGGCUGCUUUGUUGGAACUGCCCGUCCAAUGAAUAUAGGCCCUAUGUGGCAGCCAAAUACAGCCCUGCCAUAUCUGUGAUCCCACCAAUGGAUUACGUGUGAGAAUAACCUUAAGAUAUGUGGCAAGUAUCCUGUGUAAAAUGACUGAAAUAGA